CGAUAUUUUAUCGAAAAGACAAAUGUUUGGUGAAUUUUCUCAUAUGUGUAAAGAUUUAGAAAAAGACGAGUCACAGUAUUUUGGUUAUUUCCGCAUGAAAUGAUACAUUUCAGUACCUGUUAAACAAAGUACAAGAUCAACUGAAGGGGUACAUUAACUUCCGAGAAACUAUUUCACCCGAAGAACGUCUAGCUGUAAAUCUAAGGUACCUAGCAACUGGAUCGUCUUUCAAAACGUUGGGUUACUCUUUUCGUAUGUCAGAUGUAACCGUGGGAAGAAUUAUUCAUGAAACAUGUAAUGUGAUAUGGGAAUCGUUACACAAUGAACACAUGCCAUUCCCUUCUGAAGAACAAGUAGAUCACAUAGCAGCCGAAUUUUAUCGGAAAUGGAGAUUUCCAAAUUGCGUCGGCAGCAUAGACGGAAAACACAUUAGAAUCAAAUGCCCAAAACAAUCUGGUAGUAUGUAUUACAACUAUAAGAAAUACUUCUCUAUCGUAUUGCAAGGAGUGGUAGCAGCAGACUACAGAUUCAUUUGUAUCGAUGUUGGAGCCUAUGGAAAGCAGAGCGAUAGUGGCAUCUUUGGAUACUCCAAUUUAGCCAAACAGCUUGAACGUGGGGCCCUUAAAGUGAAUUGUGAGACAGAACUACCUGGUACUGAAUUACGAGUACCCUAUGUUCUAGUUGGGGAUGAGGGGUACCCCUUGAAAACAUUUUCGAUGCGCCCUUACCCUCAAAGGAGGCUAGGACCUGAAGAAGAAAUUUUUAAUAAGCGUUUGGCACAUGCAAGACAAGUGGUAGAGUGUGCUUUCGGUAUAGUGAGUAAUAAAUGGCGAAUACUUCUGAAAGCAUUGGAAGUUACUCCCGAGCGAGCAGAACAGAUUGUAAAAUGCAUUUGCUUGUUACACAAUAUAGUACUAGACAAAGAAGGAAUGACAGAUUUACGACCUACUACAGUUGAACCAAGUAACCCUCACUUAAAUAGAUUUGCUACCAGAGGUGAAAAUAGAAGUACUGCUAGGGCCUAUGAUGUAAGAGACACUUUCAAAAGGUAUUUUGUAAACAAUCCUUGA